UAUAUAAAAUGACAGUUUGCACACAUUUAGAAUCCAGAUGUCAUAUAAAAAGACAAACCGCUGGAGUGAGGUGGCAAAUACCAAAAGGAAGCUGGUGCUAACGAUCGACCUCAAUAGAAAUGACUAGCAUUGUUUCUGCCGCAUUCUCGAAGGAUUUGUUCUCAAAAACCCCAAAAGAAGAUGACGUUCUGAUCAGCAAUGGCGAAAAUGAAGUCUCUGCUCUACCAGCUGUCACUGCUGAAAUGUUAGGGGAGAACAGAUGCUCUGGGGAUUUAAAACAUCCUACUAUUCCCGGUUGGUUUUCUGAGGAUUGUCCAAUAUGGCCAGGGCAAGCACACUUUUUAAAAGUAGAGAAAAUAUUAUUUCAAGGAUCGUCCAAGUACCAAAGUAUGAUGGUGUUUCAGUCAUCAGCCUAUGGUAAGGUUUUCGUUCUCGAUGGAGCCUUACAACUUACCGAGAAAGAUGAAUGUGCUUACCAAGAAAUGAUUACCCACCUUCCACUUUGCUCUAUUCCAAAGCCAAGCAAGGUAUUGCUUAUUGGAGGAGGAGAUGGCGGUAUCCUACGAGAAAUCUCUCGCCACUCUUCUAUUGAGCAGAUUGAUAUCUGUGAAAUAGACAUGAUGUUGGUUGAUGUGUAUAAGAAGUUCUUCCCGGAUAUUGCAGUCGGAUACCAGGACCCUCGUGUGACACUUCAUGUUAGAGAUGGAAUUUCAUUUUUGGAGACUAAUCCGGGAGGAAAUUAUGAUGCAAUAAUAGUGGACGCAUUCGACCCAAUAAGGACUGAUCAUGAGCUGUUUGAAACCUCAUUCUUUGAAUUGGUGACAAAAUCUCUCCGUCCGGGGGGAGUGUUGUGCAUCCAAGCAGAGAGCAUAUGGUUUCACUCCCUUGACAUCGAAGAACUUGUCACAAAAUGUCGCCAAAUAUUUAAAGGCUCGGUCGAAUAUGCAUGGACAAUUGUUCCUGCAUAUCCCAGUGGGGUUAUUGGCUUCUUGCUUUGCUCCACCGAGGGGCCGCCCAUCAACUUCAAAAAUGCAAUCAACCCAAUUGAUCGGAAUGAGAGUUAUGGCGUAGCAAAAGGGCCCCUGAAGUUUUACAACUCAGAGGUACAUUCAGCAGCCUUUUGUUUGCCAUCCUUUGCUAAGAAGGUGAUGGCUCCAAAGCCCAAAGUUGGUAGCACCAUGAAUGGAGUUGUUGUCAACAGAUGGCGCAAGGUUGUUAAUUAUCUUGAAUGGGUCUCUCCAACUCACAGAGAGGGAUGAGUUUGCUUACCAAAGAGAUGCUCACUCACCUCCUGCUAUGCUCAAUUCCAUACCCAAAGAAGGC